AUGGAGCUGCUAACAAACCUAUUGAUACUGCUGCUGAGCGGAUUGGCGCUGUGCGCAGUGAAAGAAACAACCAGGCAGCCGGUGGUCUCCAUACGGCCGCGCAUUGUGGGCGGCAGGCGUGCCCAGGCGGGUCAGUUCAAGCAUCAGGUGUCGUUGCGCUACUUUGGCAAUCACAUUUGCGGCGGAUCCAUCAUAUCGCCCGUUUAUGUGCUGACUGCGGCGCACUGCGUCAAGUUCGGUCAGGAUGUCACAGCCCCAUCCAGGCUGGCGGUGCAAGCGGGCAGCCUGCAGCUCAACAGCUAUGCAACCUAUGUGGAUGUGGCGGCUGUCCAGGUGCAUCCGCAAUACGGUAAUGGCGGACAGGGCUACGAUAUUGCCGUGCUGCGUCUGCGUGAGCCGAUCAGCUUCAAUGCGAAUAUCUCGGCCAUCGAGCUGGCCGAAACGGAUCCGCCGACCAAUUCGAUUGUGGAUAUUUCUGGUUGGGGCGCCAUCUACCACGGCGGGCCCAUCUCCAACGAUCUGCUCUAUGUGCAAGUGCGCAGCAUUUCCCGUUCCCAAUGCACCAGCCGCUACAUGACCCGCCUGCCGGAGACGACCAUGUGCCUGCUGCAUGGCGCCAAUCUGGGCGCCUGCCAUGGCGACUCUGGUGGACCAGCUGUCUAUGGGGGCCGUCUCGUCGGCGUCGCCAGUUUUGUGUUGGGCGGCUGCGGCCGCGAGGCCCCCGAUGGCUAUGAACGCGUCGCCGCCUUGCGCAGCUGGAUAAGGAGCAAUGCAGAGCUUGUAGGGCAUCCAAACUAA